AUGAAAAAGCCCAACCAAUUGCCUAGUGAGAAUAAUAGGAAAUCAACGACUAAUACAAAUCCACAAGAUUCACUAGUUGAUCCUCAAAAUUCAGACCAAAUCCACGUCGAUUCUCUUUCUUCUAAAGCCAGUAGUGAGACAUAUUCUAGCUUCAUCGCCAACGAUCGUUCAAAUUCUGCCACUCCAGUACGCCGUCAACCAAAUGCAGCUGCUCUGAAAGCCUCAAGAUACCUAGACAAUGACGAUGGAAGAUAUCUACAGUGGCCUCCCCCUGAACCUAGACGGCAAAAUCAAAGAACCCUCCUUCCCCCAAUUGGCAUGUUCUUCGGUGCUCCUGCUAGACUUCAGCCUGAUCGGAAUAUUUGGCUAUUCGGACAUCCUGCACAAGUUCAACAACUGAUGCCUGAAAAUACUCCCCGGAUAGAGAGUGUUGAUGUCGAGGAAGAAGAAACUCAAAGACUUCCUGGGGAUGAUACUGCCGACACAGAUAUAAGAGUAAAUGGGCAAACUAUUUCAGUAUUUGAGAUGUCAGACAUUGCAAAUACUCAAGCAGAGACGUCUGAAGAGUUAGAUACUAACAUGGAAGAAUUUCAAGCUCAAGAGAAUUCAAUAGUAUCCGAAGAUAUCCAUGAUGCAAUCGGUGGUGAGAGAGCAAAUGCCGAGCCUCCUGCAGGGCCGAUAGUUUUUGUUAUUGUGGAUACGAAUGAUGGUGGACCGGAAGAUGAUGAGCGAAUAGCCGAACAAUUUCAAUUUGCCUUGAUGCAUCUUCUGGCACAUCUUGAAAUGAACUCGGGGGAAGAUGGCCAGCAAAACGACGAACCGGAGUAA